AUGCCUGCAACCAAGAGGCCCGCUGACGACGCUAUUCUCCCGCUGCGCGUUCCAAAACAACCUAAAAGGACAACGACUCACCCUUUAGGCGGUAAUAGUUCUCCUUCCCAGCACGAAGCCUUGCUCGCGCGUUGGUCCAAGGUCGGCAUGGAGUUCGUGGCUCUAAUGAAAGACACGGUUCUGAGUGUCAUUGGUAGUGGUCGAGACGCGCCCGAGAGCUUGUCCGUCCCCCCACCGACAAAUAAUCUCCCCGCCGCAAACGGACACGCGUCGGGUCCUAUACCCUCUCCGUCGCCCUCCCCACCUCCAGCACCUCCACCUCGCGCCUCAACGUCAGCACAUCGACUUCCUACCCGCCCACGCAUUCCUCCCUUCCCGACGGAGCCAGGUACAUCAAGCCAUACCGCCAUCCAACUCUCGACAUCUGCCCCGGCCGCUACCGAGACGCACCGACGAAUACAGUCAAGUCAGUCACAUGUCGAUGUUAGCCAACCGCCCAUUCGCCCGAAGUACGUGCCGCCCCGUCCGAACGCUGUGGCGUCAACGUCAAAGACCACAUUACCGGCUCUCGAGGAUCCAAAGGUGUCUGGGUUCCCUGGCGGCGCGCAGUCGACUGGACUCAUGUCCCCGCCAUCUACACAGGCGUCAGAAUCUUCAAUACGCUCUGUCGUGACUCAGAAGUAUCCGGAGGUGGGCGCUGCUCUCCAGCAGGAACGGCGAAGGCGGAAGAGAUCUGCGAAGUAUAUCGAGCGACCGCACAUACACGCCAAAGAGCACAAAGCCCGGGUGGAGGCUGAGAAUAGGAGGAUGAGGGAGGAGAUGGAGAGGGAGCUUUACAGUCUCAAGCGUUCUAGAGGCAAGUACAAACAUUACUAG